GUUCAUCGCUGCCAUGGAGCCGCUCUUCAUGGCAACAGUCACGGCUGUUCUCACUAAAGCUACCGGUUAGCCAGCGAUCAGUUAAGCCUCAUUUCAACAGCAAAAACCCACAACUACACCCUGACAUCAUUAAUUAGCACUUGGAGCUAAUAUUUACGCUCACCUAAACCACGUAUAGUUGGCUUGCCGCCCGAAAUGACCCAUUUGUAAAAGCCGUUUCAGGUCUGUCAGUCGGCUAGCUAAGCUAGCUAACUACCGAAGUCUGACUGGGUGUGAAUGACACAGGGAAGAGAGCUGCGUGCCCCCUGUGUAUGUGAGGAUAAUGUGCAGCGAUGGUGCCUUGUCAGACCCACGUGAUGCUGAAGUGGCAGGAGCACUUGAACAGCUCCUGGGCGGCGGAAGACAGCGUACAGACGGCCACACGCUCCGGUGCCGCGUCGCUCUACACCAAACUGCUCCACAACAAGGAGGUGCUGGGCCUGGCUCAGCCCGUGCAGGACCUGAUGGGGCCACGGCUGCCCGACUUUCAGUAUGAAUCUAGUGCCGAAGAGGAGAGGGAGGAGUACCUUUCAGCUCUGCUGCAUAGCCAGCGCUGCCUAGCCCACCGUGUUCUUGCCCGCACGCCUUAUGCCCUGUCCCUCCACCACAGGCUGGCGGUGCUCCAGAGGGUGUACUAUGCACUCCAUAGCAAGUACCACGACCGCUUCCGCACUCCGCCUCCACCACAACCAGCCUCCUCCUCCUCUUCUGGCACAGAAGGGGGCGCCCUGGAGCCCAUUUCAGAAUCAUGGCAGGUGGCUGGAUCCCGGGUGAAGUCCGGCACGGAUGUUCUGAUUGAAAUGGGUGUGCGGACAGGCCUGAGCCUCCUUUUUGCUCUCCUGAGGCAAAGCUGGCAGCGUGGGCGACUGAGUCUGGAAGAUGACCCGCCUGAUGUUGCCCUGUGUAACGAGGUGCUGGGCACAGCAUCCUCCGUUCUGGCAGCCCUGCCACCGCUUUCGCUGGCUAAUGAAAACAAAAUCCCAGCGGUGGGCUUGGACUGCCUGGCACAGGUGAGCGACUUCCUGAAGAAGACGGCAGUGAGUGGUUCCUGGGCAGACCGGGCCGGACGGCGCUUGGCUCUGGAGCUCCUGCUGGGACUGGCCGUGCAGAGAGGAUCCCUACGCUUCCUCCUAGAAUGGGUGGAGGUGGCACUGGCAGCAUCAGCUUCAUCUUCUUCAUCAUCCUCCUCCUCCUCCUCUUCUGAGCCUUCAGGUGUGGGCUAUGAGCUGAUCAGUCAGAUCCUGCACCAGAUGAGACAGUAUUCGGGUUUCCGUGGUGACUUCGUAAACACUCAGGUGCUUAAGAAGGACGCAGAUGGACUCUGCAGUCUUUCACAUGUAGCGCUCUGUCUCUUCGAAGAGAUUUGUGCCCUGGCGUCUAACUGCCUCUGCUCGUGCAGCAUGGGCUCGUCCUCCCCUGGCUCUGAGGGCGAUGCAGUGAAAGUGUAUGUUUGGGGCAGUAACAGCAGUCACCAGCUGGCUGAGGGAACUUUGGAGAAGAUCCUACAGCCCAAACUGGCACAGGGCUUCAGCGAUGCGCAAAUGAUUGAGGCAGGUCAGUACUGCACCUUCUCUGUAUCAGCUGACGGCUCAGUGAGGGCUUGUGGGAAAGGCAGCUAUGGACGUCUGGGCCUGGGAGACUCCAACAACCAGUCUGUUCCCAAGAAGCUGGUGCUGGAUCCACCUCGCACCAUGAGAAAGGUUUCCUCUUCCAAAGGCUCGGAUGGCCACACAUUGGCCGUAACUGCUGAAGGGGAGGUGUUCAGCUGGGGAGAUGGAGACUACGGCAAACUUGGACAUGGAAAUAGUGCCACACAGAAAUACCCCAAACUAAUACAGGGACCCCUGCUGGGCAAGGUGGUGGUGUGUGUGUCUGCUGGUUACAGACACAGUGCAGCAGUAACCAACGAUGGAGAACUGUACACCUGGGGAGAGGGAGAUUUCGGCCGCCUCGGCCACAGUGACAGUCACAGCCGGAACGUUCCGACACUGGUGAAGGACAUCAGCGGGGUGGGCCAGGCGGCGUGUGGCAGCUCACACACCAUUGCCGUGGCUCAGGACGGACGUAUCGUCUGGUCAUUUGGAGGAGGAGACAACGGUAAACUGGGCCACGGAGACACAAACCGUGUGUACAGGCCCAAGGUUAUAGAGGCUCUACAUGGCUACAUCAUCAGGAAAGUGUGUGCUGGAAGUCAGUGUUCACUGGCUCUCACUUCUGCUGGACAGGUGUUUGCCUGGGGCUGUGGCUCGUGUCUGGGCUGCGGUUCAUCUGAAACCACGUCUCUCAGGCCUCGUUUCAUAGAGGAGCUGAGCGUCACUAAAAUCAUAGACAUCUCCUGUGGAGACAGCCACUGCCUCGCACUGUCUCACGAAAAUGAGGUGUAUGCAUGGGGUAAUAACGCCAUGGGCCAGUGUGGGCAGGGCCACACAUCAACACCAAUCACCAAACCUAAGAAGGUGAUUGGUCUAGAGGGGGUGUCAAUCCAGCAGAUCACUGCAGGAACCUCCCACAGCCUGGCUUGGACUGCCGUCCCCACGGACAGGCAGCUGGUGGCAUGGCACAGGCCAUUCUGUGUGGACCUGGAGGAGAGCACAUUUACAUACUUGCGCAGCUUCCUAGAGCGCUACUGUGACAGCAUCAGUGGAGACACACCCCCAGCACCUUUCUCCUCAAAGAGGGAGCAUCACCAGUUUGUGUUGCUGUGUAUGAAGCUCUUGUCUAUCCACCUGUCCUUGGCCCAUGCAGGAGGCACGGGGGCUACUGUUCUCGGAGCUCAGGGGAGACCCCUCCGGAACCUCCUGUUCAGACUCAUAGACUCUAACGUGCCCGAAUCAUUGCAGCAGGCGGUGAUGAACACAUUGUCAAUAGGAGCGUCUCUCUUGCUGCCUCCUCUCAGGGAGAGAACAGAACUGCUGCAUUCACUGCUACCUCAGGGCCCAGAGAGCUGGGAGAGUCUCUCUAAAGGACAGCGUCUACAGUUGGACAUGGUCCUAAACAGUCUCCAGGAGCAGAGCCAUGUAGCUUCCCUCCUGGGCUACAGUUCUCCAGGGGAUCUAGGUGCUGGCCUUUUGCCCCCUACACCAGAUCGGCCUGCGGGCUCCUCUACCUCCAGCACUGAGGCCCCAGACCACCUUCACUUGGCUGAAGUCUUGCUUAAGACCCUCUUGCUGAGCAUCGGAUUCUAUACGGAGCGUGCCUUUGGUGAGCUAGAGAAGAACAGUGACAAGCAGCAGUCCAGUUCAGCUCAAAAACAGACUGAAGCUCCGUCUCACUUCCACCAUCUGCUGUCUGCCCUGCACAAACACUUGCUGGCGCACUGCUACAUCUACACCAAUACUGAGGAUGACAGUAGUGUGACGUUGCUUCAUAAACACCUGUGCCUGCUGCUGCCCUAUGCUGCUGAAACUUUCAGGAGGUCCACCAUUCUGCUGGAGGAGAGCUCACUGGAUAAACAUGUCAUUAAUAAGCUACACAUGGUGUUGUUUGGCUCAGUAGCCGGCAGUCUUCUGUGUCAGGUAAUGUACUCUCUGCUGCUGUUGCCUCUGGCCGUGGUCAAGCCUCUCCUGCCUCACCUGCUGUCUUUACUGGAGCACCUAAACGAGCUGAACUGCUACCUGCCCAACACCAGCCUUCUAGAGUCACUUGAGCUGGAGGGAACACCUCAGGAGGUUUCAGAGAUGUCAGAUGCUGCUCUUGGAGGAGAGUCACAUGACUGGGCAUGGCUUCUGGACCUGGAGAGAUCAGUGGCUCUGUCAAUUGGUCGGUGCCUGGGAGGGAUGCUGCAGGGCCCUCCCCUUUCUGUUCAGGAGAAGGCAGCCGAAUAUUGGCUCUGUAACCCACUCCUGAGGAACGGACUAGAGAUGGACUUUGAACAGCUUGAUUUGGCCAUGGGCUGGCUGACAGAGGCGGUAUUUCUAGGCUGUGGAGAUGCUAGGCUGGCUGACCUUCAGCUGUCUGAGGAAAACACCACGCUGGUGGAGUUGGCCCUUGGCUCCCCACGAGAGCCAGCUGCUGGUCUGUGGAGGAAGAUGAAGGAGUAUGCUGCCAGCAGAGACUGGGAUGGCGGAGCUGCUGUAGGGGACAGUUUGUUAGAGACGGCGUGUCGCUGUAGUCUUGCUGCUCUGCUGAAGCACACAGGGCUGCAGGAUGAUGCAUACUGGCAGGACAGGUAUGAACCAUGUGAGAUGCUGAUAGAGAUCUAUGAGGUGGUAUAUAAAGUCCGCACCACUCUUCUGUCUCUAAAAGAGAACAUGGCAAAUGCAGCCAAUAUCCAGCCUGCAGCAGUUGCUAAACAGGGUUCAGCAGGUUCUCAGAGCCCUGGAGAGGAGAAGCUGGAGCCCAGCAGCUCUUCAGAUCAAACAGGGAGAGAGCCAGAGCCCACUGGCCAGAACACACAACCUGCUGAACACAAUCAAGACGAUCCCACUGAGGACGAAACCCCCAGCAUCAGUAUGUACCUGCCGGAGGUGCUGCAGUGUUUCUUGGCCACGCGGGAGGCCAUGCAGCUGCAGCAGAAUGAGACGGUUUACGAGUCUUCAGGCACCAGCACUCUGCCAAGCAGUACAGAGAGUCCUGGGACACCUGAGAGAGAACCCCCCACGCGACCCUGGGACUGUCCUCAGAACACAGAACACACACUCACCUUCCCCGCAGCCUGCCACCUGGUGGUCAGCCGGUGCCUGUUUCUGCUGCUGGGGGUCCGAGCAGCUUGGCAGGAGCAGAGCCAGCUCGUUGAUACAUACACUGAGAAUAACAUGACCAGGAAGUCGACAUCCUCUUUUGAAGGGCAAAGCACUAAAGCAGAGUUUUGUGGUUCUUCAGACAGUAGGAGACAGAGUGAGAGAGAGGUGACAGAUCAGUCUAGGAGUUCCUCAGGAUCAGUUAAGAACAAGAUGGGACUGCCGCUGUGCUCUCUAGGUAUCAUGAAGGACGUGUGGGAGCGACUUCGGCAGUGUAUCAGUCCCAGCACGGUGCUGGGCUCAGGGGCUGUGGGCUCACCCAUGCUUGACCAGGUCUUCCACUUCCUGUGCGGAAGCCUGGUCAAGACCUCAGCUUUGGUGGAAAGAGCAGCAGGCGUUCAGGCUGACCCCAGAGCCAUCACUCUGGCCAUGGCCCAGCAACAGCAACGGGCUGAGGUGCGUCUAGAAGCUUUGUGUCAGAUUUCUUCCUUCCUAUCUGAGAUGGAGGAGAAGAACAGCGGCAACUCUCUGGUGCCCCUACGGUUCCCGGGCCUGCUGCAGUCAGUGCAGCUGCACUUCCUCUCUGGCUGUUUCGGACUGGGAGCUCCUGUCACAGGCAGUUUGGCCACACUCACCGACAAGCUGAACCACUACACUGCUGGCACUGAAUCGGCUUCUAUGAGCGCCCAGAGAGAGCUCCAGGCUGCAGCACACACUCUCUACCAGCAAGUGGUGCGUGUGCUCAGGCAAAAAGUAGCACUGGAGAAGGAGCACAAGGGCUCUUGUCAGCACUUGCUACUGGCUGCAGUUUUCGCACUGACCUUCCACUACCAGCCAGCCGAUCUUGUGGUGGUGAUAAAGAGUGGCCUGCUGGAGCUGCUGGCCAGCCUCACUGAUAACUCCUGUGUUCUGGUCAGUCAGCGCUGGCUGGCUGCCUCCGUCUCAGGCAACAUGCUGUUAAGUGGGGCCGUGAGGCUGGCCUCCGCCAGGCUACUCCAAAGCCUCGUCAUCGCAGCCAGCUCCUGUGAAGGUGCCUUACCACUGGAUGUGUCUCAGGCUCUGAUGGAUGUGAUGUGUGAGCAGCUGCAAGGUCUGUUGCUCAGUCUCCACCAGCAGGAGGCGCUGGAGAACAGUGCAGAAUACGACGGAGAGCUUGAUCCCAACACUAAAACUCCCAAACAAGAGAGUGCAGAGGUGCCGCGCAGUAGCAAAGUUGUGGAGUCCCAGCUUGCAGACUUCCUCGUCUUCCUCAGGCGCAUCCUUUCGCUAAGGGUAACCAAAAGAGUGUCCUCAUUCUCCAGGUGGAUCGACCCACUGAUGACAAUCAUCUCCUACCACAGCAGCUCAGGUAAUCCUCAUUUCUAUAAUCUCCGCACAAAGCUGUUAGCCUUCCACAUUCUGGAGGCUUUACUUCCAGCCUGCUCAGACCCUCUUCAGAUGAAACAGAUUGUUGAGCAGCUGUUUGGGCUUUUAUCCACCUACAUGUGGGAGGAACCUCUGGCCAUGAGGAGGAAACUAGAAAAGGCAUCCGAGAGCUCAAAGAAGGAGUGCAGCAGUGAGGACGAAUGUAUUCCUAUAGGUGAUUUCUCCUUCGAUCCUCAUAAGCUGGUCUGCUGUUCUCUGGAGAGUGGAAAUGUUCUCUCCCAUGGCUCUGGAGGGAAAGGUUAUGGCCUGGCCACCACAGCUAUCACCUCUGGCUGCUUCAUCUGGAAGUUCUACAUCACUAAAGAGAACAGAGGAAAUGAAGGUACAUGUAUUGGAGUGUCCCGCUGGCCCAUUCGUGACUACAACCACCGCACCACUACAGACAUGUGGUUGUACCGGGCCUACAGCGGCAGCCUAUACCACGGAGGUGAGCUGGGCCGGGCACUGCCCUCCUUCACCCAGGGAGACACCGUCACCUGCAUCCUGGACAUGGAGGCCAGGACCAUCUCCUUUGCCAAAAACAACAGGGAGCCCAAGCUGGCAUUUGAGGGAGUGGAUGCUACAGAGCUUUACCCAUGUGUGCUCUUCUACAGCAGUAACCCAGGAGAAAAGGUGGCGCUGUGUGACCUGCAGAUGCGGGGCAUGCCCAGUGACCUGCUGCCAGGUGACCCCCUGUGCAGUCCUCGGGCCACCGUACUGGUCGAGGCUACAGUUCAGCUUCUGCGGCGGCUUCACCACAGCGACGACUGGGCGCCUCACAUUAACCAGCACAUGAGCCGCAGACUAGACCUCAUCGGCCCUAUAAUGAGAGAGGGAGCCCACUGCAGACAUGGUCAUGGCAGUAAGGAUCAGGCAGAGUGUGGAGUGAUGGAGAGAGAGAGGAGUCCAGGGGAGACCUGGAAGAGUCCUGAACUUUUCUGUGGUCCCACGGGUCUGUCCGAGCCCCAGCUCAGCGUGCUGUGUACAGAGGUGUGGCCAGUUCUGGCCCUGAUUGGAGGAGUGGACAGCGGGCUCCGGGCUGGUGGCAUCUGCCUACACAAACCCAGUGGCCGGCGGGCCACUCUGUUAGGGGUCCUUAAGGAGGGAAGCCCCCUGGCUAAACUACAGUGGGAGGAGACCGAUCUGACUGUGAGCUUCCUGAAUUCUUGGUCACCCAGCGAUACCCCUCUGUCGUUUCUGGAGCCAUGUGAUGUGCCCCAGCUGGAUGUUUCCCGCUGCAGUGGAUUCACUCCUGCUGUUCUCUUUCACCUCAUCCUGCUGACUGGUGUGCUGGAGGAGCCAGAGCUUGAAGCUGGAGCAGGAGCAGGAGCCAAAAUGGGUGGAAGGGUCUCAGGGAAACCCCGAAAUAACUCCCAGAGUAACUCUGAGGGUGGAAGCCGUAGCGAACUUGAGCAGAGACUGGACGAGGACAUUGCACGUGUAAUGAUGUUGGAAGAAGGGAUGACUGGCCUAAUGACCAGCUUGACCGAAGAGGACAAAAACAAGGGGGAUGAGAGAAAAGAGGAGCACCAUGGUGAAGCAGAAUCCCCCAGAACCCCUAAACCCUCUGCAGAGGAGCAAGAGGGUUCCCCCUGUCCACUGACACUGUCAGUGCAACCAAGAACAGACCUUUUUGCUCUGGAGCUUCAUGCCGUCCGCAUAUCCUACCUCCUGCUGGGGGCAUUGAAGUCCCUUGCUGUGAUUCUGAAUUGUGGGAAGUUUACAGAUCUGCUCUUGGUGCCUAAAGCAGAGGCAGCAGCUGGCCUGGGCAGCCCUGAUCCAGCCAGAUGCCCUGCAGCAGCUGCUGGGGAGGAGAGUGCUGAGCUGCGGUCCGUUCUGCAGUUCCUGGUGCGCAGCAUGGUGAAAUGGGCCGUCAGACCAAGCCCUAUCAAACAGUCUGUGGCUCUGGCAGACCUGGAGAGAGCUCAGGUCAUGAUCUUUAAAGGUGCCCUCUGCAGACUUCAGGAGGACAGCGCUAGCAAAGAGAACAAAGAUUCUGCAGGCCACGGCUCAUCUCAGCCUGUAUCGAAGUCUUCCAGCUCCGUCUCGCUGUACAGCAAUGGUUCAGAUGGGACUGCCAUCUUUGGCCAGUCAGCUUCCUCCUCCACCAAUGACCUGACGACCUCACUCCUCUCCGCCCUGCAGGCUGACGGCUUGGAAAACUUCAACCCUUUCCUGCCCAUCAACCUCCUACAGCGGAUGGUGCUGGCCCGGUUCCCCACGCUGGCUGGUUUGGUCCACAGCCCUGUGCUACCCCCUGGGCUCAGCCUGGUUGGCUCCGCCCCCUGUGAGGGAUACACAGAGCAGCAGACCAGCUUCCUGGAGCCCUGCGGCCAGACCAGAACCCCCGUGGACCAUCCCCAAAUGUUUGUCCCUGUUCGGUUGUUAGAAAUGGGCUUCUCUGUGAGACACAUCUACAGAGCCAUGGAAGCUGCAGGGGUCACAGGUGAGGUGGACUCUGCUAUGAUUGAGGUUUUGGCGAGCUGGAUGCUGGAGCACCCACUGACUGAGGAACAGCACGCAGGAGAGGGCUCAUCAGCAGGGGGUGCCACUGACACACCCUCAUCAGAAGGGCCAGAGACAGUCCAGUGCCCGGAGUCUCCAGCUACACUUAGAGAACCCAGCGAGAGUCUGUUAGCUGGGCUGGAUCUGGUGGAGAGAGAAAACUUCUUGGACGUCCAUCUAACACGGAAUAGGCCUCCACCAGCCCGGAGACAGCGCUCAGGCCUGAGCCAGCGCACAUCCUUCAGGAGAGCAGAUUCUCCGUCGCCUGGCCCAGUCCCAGCCCUCUACAGACAAGAAGUGGGCGUGUCUGAGUGGCCAGAGCGGGCGGAGACUCACCCGUUUGCAGCAGAGGAGGAGUCGGAGCUGGGCUACAUGGACGACCCAUACCAGGAGGAGCCGUAUGAGGAACUGCUUACACCUGAAUUCAUCGCCUCUGAGAGAGACACACUCUGGAUGGUGGAGGCAGGAGAAGAACACACUGAGGCUCGUGAGAUGGUGGAGUGUGAGUUGUGUAGCACUCUCACUCUGCAGUUUAACACCCACAUGAAGCGUCAUCACCCGGGCUGCGGUCAGAGUGCUGGCCGCCGUGGUUACCGUAGCAACGGAGCUUAUGUGGAUGGCUGGUUUGGUGGAGAGUGUGGCUCAGGUAGCCCCUAUUACCUGCUGUGCUCAACCUGCAGGGAGAAGUACCUGACUGCUAACAUGGGAGAGCUCAGCUCCAAACACGAAAGAACAAGGGGUCUGGCGUCUGAUCUGAUUGGCCGGUUGGACAGUACCUCUGAUGACGAAUGGGACCCUGGACACCAAGAGGACUCUGACUCAGACAGACUGACUGGUUUGGAGGAUUUUGGAGUGCUCUUGAGGCCUUUGGGGCUCAGUGAGAAGAAGCUGAUCCCGGACCCCAUACCCUUCAUUGAGCCCGACCCACUUGGAGCCAAUGUUACUGGAGACAAAAACCUGCAGUACAGAGGUGUGGUGAGCACAGAGCUGAAGGGCUCGGCAGGUUUGCUGAGUCUGGGGGAGCAGGCUGCGUCUCUGAGAGAAGCUCAGGAGAGACUGGUGGCUUUGAGGAGAGUGACAGGCACUGCCCAGAUCCUGCUGGCAUACAGCAUGGUGCUGAGGGCCCUGUCCCAAAUCUCCUCCACUAGUUCAGUGUGUAAUCAGUCCAGUGGGCUGGAGGCUCUGGGCCUGGCAGAUAUUCGAAUCCUUGUGAGGCUGAUGUGUUUGGCAGCAGGUGGGCGUGUCCACAUGGAUGUGGACCAGCAGGGCUCAGGACGGGGCUCUGUGAGUGACAGCACAGGCUCCGCCUUCCUGUCCUUCCUCAGCUCUGCUAUUGGCAGCUUGGUGUGCCACAGUGCUACAGCCUACAGAGAGCUAGUGGACAUAUGCACUCAGGAUCUGAUGGCUGCUGCUACCGGAAUGAAUCUUGGAGCCAUUGCUGACCCACAGCAGAGAGGACGCCUGAGCGCUGGCCUAAAGGGGGCCCCACGGGAUCCCAAAGAGUUCACACACCCCACAUUUCUGGUCACUCAGAGCCUAGUGUCACUCCUGACGGAGAAAGGAGUUCGUUACCGUUAUAGUGCGGAGAGAAUGGAGUCCACUGAGUCUAAAGAGGCUGGAAGCCCCCCGACCCCAGUCCCGCCUCUUUCUCAGAGUGCGCUGCGUGUGGGACCUCUGGAACUGGCGAAUGCUCUGGCAGCCUGCACUCUCUCCGCUAGGCUGACCAGUAAACACCGUCAGUGGGCAGCUCAGCAGCUGCUACAGGCACUCGCAGCCGCGGAAAGGGACAGCCCCAUCCGACCCCAAACCUACAGCGACAUGGCUGGAGACCUGCGCAAGUGUCCACUCAGAAAACUGGAAGCUCACCACAACAGGGUGACGAGUUGCAGUUGGAGUGCAGAGCAGGGCUUGUUGGCUACCGGUUCUCAUGACGGGACGGUUCGCCUGUGGGACAUCUCUCAGAACACUGCAGAGCUGCUACAUACUCACAGCUGCAGCAGUGAGGCUGCUUCUGCUUCUGAUGGCUCUGUGGGAACUCACCUGCUGUCUCCAGUUAUGUGGAGUGCGCAAGGAACGUAUCUGGCCGCCUUCCAGAACAAACUCAUCAACAUCUGGACCGUCCGCGGCUCUCAGGUUCAUGUGGAGGCACAGCCUUCCUGGGUGACUGCCAUGUCAUGGGUCCACAGCUCCAGCCCCUUCCCCAGUCAGGGCGCUUCAGGACAGAGCUCAGCUGAGAGCUUGCUGCUGGGACGACUCGAUGGUUCCCUUUGCUGGAUGGAGGUGUCAGAACAAGGAGGGGGAGGAGGAGUGCAGGUGGAGAGCACAGAACUACCUCACUGCCAAAGGAAAGAAGCUCCUCAGUGUUUGUCCUGGUACAGUACUGAUAGGCCGUUUGCCGUGGGUUACCCUGAUGGAAAAAUCCUGUUAGCAACAGCUGAGUGCUACGACAUGGAGCAACCAGUACUGCUCACUGCUUUCCACGAAAGUGUGAGUGCUUUACGGUGGGACCCCACGGGUCACCUGCUGCUGUCAGUGGGCCGUUCUGAGGUGGUGAAGAUUUGGGGUCGUGUUGGAGGAACAUGGGUGAUUCUGCACUCCCUGUUCCACACUGGGACGGUUAAUGUCGCAGAAUGGAGCCCUAUGCCUGGCCGAGGGACAGAUCCUCGCCUCAUGAUGGCUGUUGGGUGCCAAAAUGGUCUCUUGUAUGUGUGGACUGUUCCACAAGGGGGCACUAGCGUCUCAGUGCCCAAUUUCCUUGGUGCUUCUACCAGCCAGGAGAGGAGUGCUGUGGUCAAGCGUGGCAAUGCCAAGUGUGUGUUCAGACUGAGUGGACACAUCACAGCAAUAAAGACGCUGUCCUUUUGUCCCAGUGGACUAGCACUCAUCUCCGGAGGAAUCGGAGGCCUGCUCAAUAUCUGGUCUCUGAGAGAUGGUUCAGUCCUGCAAACUGUGGUUACAGGACUAGGCUCUGUUGUCUGUACCAGUUGGAUACCUCAUGUGGGUGUUGCUACCUGUUCUGGGAGGUCCAAGGAUGUGUUGCUGAUUCGCUGCAGUCCAGACUGGAUCACUCAGAACCACAUCCUGGCCUCCUGCCGCACUGUGCUACGCACACAGGGCAUUCUGGGAUUGAACCGCGCCCCCUGCAUGGCCGUCUUCUUGGAGCGGCUCCCAGUUCUACUACAGGAACAGUACAACUAUGAAAGGAGUCAUGUGAUGGCUGGAGAUCAGCUGGUCCACAGCAGCUUCCUGCAGAGCCUGGCCUCUCUGGCCGUUGGGCUGUCCCUGGACCAGCUGCUGAGUCGCCAGCCUGUAGCUCCUCACCACGUUGGAUCAAGCGCUGGGUCAGAUACCCUCAGUGUUCCCUCUGCCCAGUCUGAAUGGAACUGGCUGUCCACCUUUUCCAUCACAGUGAAGAGCGCAGAGGCUUUUGCCCGUGGCACCACCUUCCCCGAGGCCUUCACUAUGCCAGAGCUCCAACAGCCCGGGGCCACUGACAGUGCCAGGGCUUUGGACAACAGCAAGUGGAGCUUUAUGAUGGAUGAGCAGCUCAUGUUGUGGGCCACCAGCAGACCCGAGGAUUGGCAGCAGGGUGGGAAGAGUGAAGUGUUCCUGUGGGGUAACGGACGACAUGGGCAGCUUGCAGACGCUGGUACCAAUGUUUCUGUGCCCACCCUCGCCCCCUCCCUAUCUCAGACACAACAGGUGGUAUGUGGACAGAACUGCACAUUUCUGGUGCAGGCUAAUGGAACAGUGCUGGCCGUGGGCGAGGGCAGUUAUGGCAGACUGGGGCAGGGCAACUCUGAUGACCUUUACACACCCACGGUCAUCUCUGCACUGCAAGGUUAUGUAGUAACUCAGCUGGUGACGUCAUACGGUUCGGACGGUCACUCUCUGGCUCUGACAGAGACGGGCGAGGUGUUCAGCUGGGGUGACGGGGAUUACGGGAAACUGGGCCACGGCAACAGCGAGAGACAGAGACGACCCAAACAGAUCGAGGCUCUGCAGGGAGAGGAAGUGGUGCAGCUGGCGUGUGGUUUCAAACACUCUGCUGUGGUCACGGCUGACGGGAAACUCUUCACCUUUGGCUGCGGCGAUUCUGGGCGCCUAGGUCAAAGGUCAACUUCCAACAAGAUGGUGCCGGAGAGGGUCACAGCGCUGGAAGGCUACCACAUUGGACAGGUGUCCUGUGGUAUUAACCACACUCUGGCUCUGUCGUCAGACGGGAUGACCCUCUGGGCAUUCGGUGAUGGGGACUAUGGGAAACUUGGUACAGGGCCUUGUACAGUCAAAUGCUAUCCUCAGAAAGUGGAGACUCUCUGUAAUAAGGGGCUAAAAAAGGUGGGCUGUGGAACUCACUUUUCAGUGGUGCUGGCCAAAGAUGGGCAUGUCUACACAUUCGGCCAAGAGCGUCUGAUAGGGCUUCCUGACUCCAUGCUGAAAAAUCAUAACCGGCCACAGAUUGUACCUGCUCUGGAGGGCAUUUUCAUCGAGGACAUUGCUGUGGGCUGUGAACACAUCCUUGCUCUGUCCAACACUGGAGACGUGUAUGCAUGGGGCUGCAACUGUGAGGCUCAGUUGGGCCUGGGUCACUCCAGUCCAGUGAAGGAGCCCACACUGGUCACAGCUUUACAAGGAAAAAAUAUCAGACAGAUCUCUGCUGGCCGAUGCCACAGUGCUGCGUGGACUACCCCAUCGUCAUCGAGGACUUCAGGUUCUGCAGGACUGCAGCUGGGUCUACCCCAGACCAUCCCCCCUCAGUACAACGCUCUGAAGGAGUGCAGCCCUGAGGAACUGGGCAUACGUCUCCGAGUGCUCUACCACUUCUCUGACCUCAUGUACAAGUCCUGGAGGUUGCUCAACCUGGACCCACGCAAUCAGGUGCCUGCAUCCCGGUACAGUUCGGGCACAGCCGCCAUAGUGCAGGGUCAGCUCAGAGGACUUUUGUCCCCCAAAGUUAACACGCUGCCCCUGAUGCGCUCCAUCGGCCGCACCAUGACCCAGGGCAAGACCUACGGACCACAAAUCACUGUUAAAAGAAUCUCCACCAGGGGACGCUCGAGCAAGCCCAUCUUUGUGCAGAUUGCUAAGCAGGUGGUGAAUCUGAACCCCACUGAGCUGCGGCUGCCCUCCAGGGCCUGGAAGGUGAAGCUGGUUGGGGAGGGGGCGGAUGAUGCAGGUGGUGUGUUUGAUGACACCAUCACUGAAAUGUGCCAGGAGUUGCAGUCUGGGGUGGUAGAUCUACUCAUUCACACACCCAACAGUUCUGCAGAUGUGGGCAGUAACACAGACAGGUUCUUGUUGAAUCCUGCAGCCAUCUCAGAUGAGCACAUGGUGCAGUUCCAUUUCCUGGGCAUCCUGAUGGCUGUGGCUAUCCGCACCAAGAAGCCAUUGGACCUGCACCUAGCUCCUUGGGUUUGGAAGCAGCUGUGCUGUAUUCCCCUCGGGGGAGCAGACCUGGAGGAAGUGGACCUCCUCACCUACCGUUCACUGCAGGGCAUCCUGCACCUGGACGACAGCAGCAUCAAUGAGGACAACUUCACUGUGAUGAUCCCUUUGGACUCGUUUGUGGCUCACAGUGCUAAUGGGAAGUUGGUGCCGGUGGUCCCGGGUGGGCACAACCUCCCUCUGACCUUUGGUAACAGAAAUGAGUAUGUGGAGCGGGCACUGGAGUACAGACUGCAUGAGAUGGACAGACAGGUUGCAGCAGUGAGGGAAGGCAUGUCUUCCAUCAUCCCCGUGCCGUUACUCUCUCUGCUAACGGCUCGGCAGCUGGAGCAGCUGGUCUGCGGCCUGCCUGAGGUUUCCGUGGAGAUGCUGAAGAAAGUAGUGCGCUACCGUGACAUCACCGAGAGCCACCAACUGAUUGUCUGGCUUUGGCAAAGCCUUGAGGAGUUCACCAAUGAGGAGAGGGUGCUGUUCCUGCGCUUUGUCUCAGGACGCUCCAGGCUGCCGUCCAACCCCGCUGACAUCACACAGAAGUUUCAGAUCAUCAAAGUGGAUCGUCCUGUGAACGGUCUCCCCACCGCCCAGACGUGUUUUUUCCAGCUGCGUCUGCCUCCCUACACCAGCCAGGCUGUGCUAGCCGAGCGCCUGCGCUACUCCAUCCACAACUGCCCCUCCAUAGACAUGGACAACUACAUGCUGUCCCGCAACACGGACCCAGCCGAGGGCUCCGACACCGAGUACUAACCCUCCAGCCCUCAGCUUGGAUGCUAUUACACGGGGGGAAAAAAGAAAAGCACAAAAUGCAUUUGGUCUGGUCUGUUUUUGUUUUCUUUUUUUUCAAAUCGCCUCUGGCUCCUCUCUUCCUUACUGGUGCAAUACAGAAACCACUCACUCCUGCAGUACAGGACAAGAGUGCUGAAGCAAUCCACUACUUUAUUUAUUAUUUUUAAUUUAAUGUCUCUGCUUGGUACAGAAUAUCUAAAGUCUUGUCUGAGAAGACUGUAAAAAAACAAAAAAGAACUCUCCGAACUAAAUCGUUAAAAGCAUUAAAAGAUCUGUGCCUGGAAUGGUUGCUGAGUCAGGUUAGCUUCAGCUAACUGGAAGCGAACUUCUAAAAACUGGGAUGAGUCUAACAGGUGAAGUUACGAAAGCAUCAGGCAGCUUCCUAAUCCCAGUUUACGCCAAAGGCUCCUUUACAGCUGUAACAUAAGUUUGUUGCAGCUUCAUGUCAUUCGGACUUGGUGAGUUUUUUCGAUGGGAGCAUCGAGAGAGUGUGUUUAAGUACUAGUCAACAAAUUGAGGCUUCCCAAUACAUUGUAUCUCGAAUGAAUGUAUACCUGCAAAUGCCAUGCACAUAUGCACUCGGAUGCAUUUUUAUUUGCCAAACAGUGUAACUGCUAUUGCAUUACAGUACUACAUAUUAGCAUUGGAUAGAACUUUUGUUGGUUCAUUUAUUUAUUUUCUGUGUGUAGAAUUACAUGGCGUGAAAUGUGUGUUUUUUCUUCAGAGAGAGGUACGUGUGUGUGUGUGUGUGUGUGUGUAUGUGUGAGUUUGAUACACCUACUGCUCAGCUACAGGUCAUUUAUUGCGAUUAUGAGGUAUUGGCUUCAUGCCCCAGUACUGUAAGUAGAUUGUGUUUGGACUGCCAUAGGGAAAACCUCUGCUUCUCUGUAGAGGCCUUGAUGACUACUGUGUGCCGUGGUUUACAGUAUUGCUAAUUUAUUCUCCUUUUUUGUUCUUUUGUAAAAAAAGAGGCUUUUUCUUGUCGUAAGGGAAUAUUUGUCUGUGGUCAGUUCCACCGUGGGUGGUGGAGACUGAAGGGGCAGUGGAUGUUGUAAUGGUUUGCACAUCAGACUUGUAUGCAUUGUGCUUGACUAUACAAAAAAAAAAUCCCGUUCAUGAUGAUAUUAAAAGACUUAGAG